GUGCGAGAGUUGAACCUUGUCGGGGUAUUAGUCGGUUUGUUUCUUUUUUACGUAAUCGAUGCGGAGUACGGUGACGUGAAAAUGCCGAGAUAAGUAUCGCAUCUUAAGGACAGUGUGACGGCGAUUUUAUAUCCAACGAGCAAACAUGAGAGGCAUAUUGAUAUUCGAUCAGUUGAACGACGUUUUAUUUACAAAGUGCAACAAGAAGUUCGCGAAUCACAUUCAAAAGCUGGCCAAAUUACAAGGACUCGUCACCGAGAGCAAAAAUGAAAGCAAUUCGUCAAGAUCAAACUUCAAGCCCAGUCCAAAUAUUAUCAUGCAACUGUUUUCGCCAAUUGUCACGUCCCAGCAUAUCAUGGCAUCGCAAUUUGGCAACACUUAUACGUCGAUGAAAUGCCAAGAUGGCACAAAUAUGGUAUUCAAUGAAUUCAUGGGGUAUAUGUUUAUUUAUAUUUCCAACGAAGAGCUGGAGAUAAUGCGACGAACGAUAGGUGUAUGCAUUACCGUCGUGAGAUAUCUCUGUGGUCCGGAUGUUUCCUUAUUGAAAAUAAGCAAACAGAGGGUUCAGAUGGUCUCCUUUCUCUUGGAUGCAUGGAGCGAUUUGAGAGGUUCGGAACAGAAUAUUCUAACCGAAGCUGUCGAACAAUUAUCGGUAAAUGCGGAUCUGGCAUCCGCCACAUUGAGAAUAUUGAGCGACGCAGCUGACAAAUUGAAAGCUCAGUCGGAAUUCUCUAAUGUACACGUUUUGAUACUCGUUGAGCACAAGUUCCUCUCCCUCUUUUCCAGCAAAAAUGCUCAGGAUUUAUUAGCAUCGGACAUUUUGAUGAUGGUACUUUUAUGCUACGUAGCCAAUAAGAAUAAAACUGGAGAGUACAGCGCUCGUGAAAAUGAUUCCAAUAGCGAUUCUAUUCUUUUGUUUCAAAAUGGUUCGUCGAAUAAAAUGGAAAUCAAGCCUCGUGGGCAUUUUGGAAAAUUGUCUAAUCCCACAUCGGAGGACAUAAAUCAUUUAUUUGAAGGUUCCAGAGAUUCAUCCAUAAGCGAAGGCCUUUGCCUAUACGCUCUCGAUGGAUUCUAUAGUCAAUUAAUGUUUCUUGGUUCCGAAGAGACUGGUUACACGGCCAACACUAUUCACAUAUCCGAAUUGUCAGAGGGAAUAAAUUUAGUAACGAUAGUCGAAAUGACAAAUCUGACGAUUUCAUCUGGAUUGUACGAUAGCUUUCGCUAUUUAAAUAUAAUAAAUGGACUUCAGUUGCAAAGGGAUAUAGAUGAGCUGAGGCCAGCUUUUGAUAACUUAGAAGUAGCUAUUAAGAAGACCUUGGACGGUAUAAAGAAAAAUAGAGCAAACGUUAGUAAUGAGGUUGACAUGUACCAAAGGCGAAUGCAAGUUAAAUGGGAGUUUGUUAAGAAAAAGUAUACAGAACUGUUGAAAUCUAGGGACGUCGAAUCAAUUCUGCAAGUAGAAUCAAAUACAAGUAGCUUCCUCGAUGCGCUGAAAGAACUCUUCAGAAUGACAUGUCUGAAUAAAAAUUUCCUUAAGCAUGGGAAGGAUGUGAUAAUGACCGUUAGUAGACUUGUCUGUCAUAAGCUGAACGACUUCAAUGAUUUCCUAAAAGUCAAAGCUUUAAAGAACUUCACUAUUGGAUCGAGAACUUCCCUAACGAUCAACAAAUAUCUGGAAGAAUUUCCUGGUCUAGUGCACUUUAUAUACAUUGACAGGACGACUCACAGAUUAAUUGCUCCUACGAUAGAUUUCACAAAUUGCGAAACACUAGCAUUAACAACGAGAAAGAUAUGGAACAUGGUGGAACAGAGUAGAAUACACCUUCAGGAAGGGCAUAUGUCUAUAAUGUGGAAAGAUACAACAUUUAACUACGCUUACUUCUUGUGGUUCGAAGAUAGUUCGGGUUCACCACUUAAAUGCAAAACGUAUUUUAAUCACAUGUUGAGAAAUUUUCCAGUACCUGGCAUUUUCUGUGGAGAUUAUUACAGAAAAUUAGCAGAUACCUAUUUCCCUAAGCUCUCGGCAAGCAAGAUCCGGAUUUACGAACUAUACUGUGUUCAUCUAGGCCUGGCUACGUCCUCCUGCGUGCUCGAACACUCGCGGCGACUUGCGGCGACCAUCUGGGAAGUUACCGGGCUGCCCAACAACCCCGCGGACUUAAUUUAAAAAUACAGCCACUAUCUAUAUGUAUAUGUAUAUUUGCGAUGGACAUUUAGGAAAAAACAGCUCGAACAAUUGACGAGCACUAAACUGGCGUGUGUACAUA